AUGUUGAACUCCACGUUCAUCCGAACCUACGAAAGACCAGGUGAUCAAUUACAAUGUAACACGAGAGUGAUGCUCGAUGUUGACGAUGACAACGAUCACGAGAACCUCCCUCUUCUGUACGCGCAUACUGACAUGGCCUGUGAUACCACUCCCAAACUUGCGGUUCUGGUUGACGCUGAAAAUGCGCAAUACUCUAUUAUUGGACUGUUACUUACAGAGAUCGCCAAGUAUGGCACAGCUCAUGUAAAGCGGGCCUAUGGGGACUGGACCGAUCAUAGGAUGGAAGCCUGGAAGAAUGAGCUUCUCAAUCAGUCUAUCCAACCUAUCCAGCAGUUUGCGUACACUCAUGGAAAAAAUUCAAGCGACUCAGCUAUGAUUAUCAACGCGAUGGACCUUUUGUACUCGAGCCACUUCGAUGGCUUCUGCCUCAUCUCUAGCGACAGUGACUUCACCCCAUUAGCCACACGAGUGCGCGAGACUGGACUGAAGGUAUAUGGAUUUGGACAGCACAAGACGCCUGAAGCUUUCGUCGCUGCGUGUGAUGAAUUCAUUUAUACCGAAGACCUUCACCCUUCAAGGCUUGUGCCGCAUUCAGAUAGGGCUGAGGUUCCUGAGGGCCGUAGUUCAGCUCAAGAGGCCAACAAAGGUGAUAAAUUUGCUAUUCGGCAGCAGAACACGGCAGACACCUCCCUCGAUAACCGUGGAUGGGCCAGGUUGUCUGAUGUGAGUGAGCAUCUCUCAACACAACACCCGGACUUCAACGUCUCCACACACGGACACGCCAAUCUCAGCAAGCUACUCUCUGACUCGCCUGAUUUUGAUAUCGAACGUCGUCUUUCUCAAGCAGACAAAACCCCAGAAACAUACGUACGAAAGCGGAAAAUUUCUACUGGAUCUGCGCAAGUCUGA